AAUUGCAUGCAUUAUAACUUCCGGUUUCGUGUUUCUUCAUGAAAUUUGUUUGUCGAGUUAGUGCCAACUUGUUUUAGGUACUGUCAGCUACUGUAGAAUAGUAAUUUGUGUCUUAACCUGUGGAACGUCUUGAUACUUUAUCAAUGACGUCAAAGGACAUCACAAAAUGCCUUUGUCAGGCAAUUUGGGACUUGCCUACCAAAAAGGGAUACAAUUUGGAAAAGAAAUGAAAAAUACCAGAUUUUGAUGCACAACCAUUUAGUCAUGGCUUUAAAGAGCUUCCAAUUUGAAAAUAGAUCUAUAAAAUACAUGUAUAUUAAUUUACAAACAAACUCAUACUUAUAACCAAUAUGUCAACAAAAUCAAGGAAUGAGAAACCAUCAAAAGAAAGUACAUUAACUAUGCAUACAGAUGACAUGGAUGAUAAGGAAUUUAACUCUACUGAACAAUCACAAGGGUGGAUCGGUGGAUAUAUGAAGACAAGAUGUAAAGAUAUUCAGCAUUCACAGAAAAACAAAGUACAGAUGUUAAAUGAGUUGAAAGAAGGGGAUGAUUUUGAAGAUGAUGAUGAUUAUAAUGAUGAUGAAAAUGGUGACCUGCCUGUUCAGAUUAAGGGAAGUGAUAUUCAAAAUGAUGAUGAUGAUGAUGAUGAUGAUGAUGAUGAUUAUAAUGAUGAUGAUCAGCCGAGUUACCAAAAUAAGAAUGGAGAUUUUCUGUAUAAUUUAAGGGAGAAUGCUGAACAGUCGAAUGAUGGCCAGGAAAACGACACUAGUGGUUCGGAAGCAGAAGAAGAAAAUGAUGACGCAAUGUACUUUACUUACAAUGAGAGUUCAAUAUUGAAUGUUGAAAAACCCACGAAAAGAAAAAAUACAAACACAGAGCCAGAUGAAAAGCCAACAUCAAAGUAUAAAAAAAAGAGGCCUUAUAUUUGUUCACUGUGUCGUAGGACAUACACUUCGUCUUCAAAUUUGAAGAGGCACAUGGAAGUCCACACUGGAGAGACUUCGGACCCUCUCCGACACAAGUGCCACGUUUGUCAAAAAGAGUAUGUGAAAACUGCAACACUGAGAAACCAUUUCAGAAAGAAACAUCCAGACUCCAGCGAAAAACCGUUCAAAUGCCCAGCAUGUGAUGAGUCAUUUUAUAGCGUUCAUGCGUGUAAUCGACAUUUAUAUAAACACAAGAAUUACAAACCAUUUAAAUGUAGCAAGUGUGAGAGGGGAUUUUGUCGUGAAAUGAAUUUGAAGACACAUAUGUUGAAUGCACAUGCCAAUGUCAAACCUUUUACCUGCGAGUUGUGCGGUAGAUCUUUCCUCCGACAGCAGCAGUUCAAUCAGCACAUCAGGUCAAACUGUCUAAAAAUGUUUGUCUGUGACGUGUGCGACAAGGUGUUGUCUACAAAACAGAGCUUGAUUUUACACAAAAUGACGCACACCAACGAGCGAAACUUUUUGUGCAAAUUUUGUGGAAAGAAAUUCUUGGCUGUGUAUGUAUUGAAACGCCAUGUGAGAAUUCAUACAGGCGAAAAACCAUUUUCCUGCAACCAAUGCCCAAUGAGGUUUAUGCGUAGAAGAGAAUAUAAUAAACACAUGACUUUACACACGGGAGUCAAGUUGUAUCUGUGUGAAACAUGCGGAAAAGAAUUCAACUGCAAUUCAAAUCUUUUAAAUCACAAGAGGUUGCACACAGGUGAACGUCCGUAUGUGUGCAAAACUUGCGGGAAAACAUUUGUACAAUGGUCACAUCUGAAACGACACGAAUUGAUCCAUACAGGGAUAAAACCAUACACGUGUGUGCACUGUGGAAAAUCGUUUAAUCAGCCCAGUAAUCUAAAAACUCAUGAGAAGAUUCAUUCUGACAUGCAUGCCGUGAAACAAAAGAGAGGAACCAAGUCUUUAAAGAAGCAGUUGAUAUAAGUAAAGAGCCUUAAAGUUGGUGACAAAAAGCUCAUGAGAAUUUAAUAAGAGUUACUCACUUACAUCAUGUAACAAAAAAGAAGGUAUAAACAGUACUUUGAAUGAAGUAAUUGUAUUCAAUAUACCGGUAUAUAUACCGGAUUGUAAAGCUUUAAUUUCCUGAAUUAUUAAACAGUGUUUCAAGGUUCAGUAUACUGCAGAAUUUCAUGAAGUUUACUAGUUUUGAGAUUUAAUAUUUUAAUUUGAUAAAGAAAUUUGAAUACCUGACAUAAUAGUACAUAUAUUUUUUUUAUGCAAAUAUUCAGGCAAAUGACAUUCUUAUGUGCCUGCAGAUUUAAAGAGAACCAUGCCUAAUUAAGAAUUGCACAUUUGUUUUGCAUACUCACUUUAUAUUCAAUGUCCCCCAACCCUC